GGUCGACCGUUGCUCGCGGAUGCCGUUGGCGUCGGGCACUUCCCCUCCAUCCACUUCAAAUUUCGAACCCCUGCCCUCUCCCUCUCCGCCCCCAAUCCACCGCCGCCGCCUCCCCUCAUAGCCCCCGAUCCAUGGACGAGACCGGGAGGGCGGCGACCCCGAUGGCGAGGAGAUCCGCCUCCCCCAGCGCCACCCCCACCACCGUCACGCCCGGCUCCACCGCCUCCUCCUGCUCCUCCAACUCCGACCCCGCGGCGGCGGCGCGGACGCCCCCGCCCGCCUACCUCGUCCCGUGGGCGCGCCCCGCGGGCGGCGGCAGCGGAUACUACCCCGGCUGCCGCAAGGACGCCAACUGCGCCUGCGAGAUCUGCCUCGCCAGCAUCAACGCCACGCGGGACCUCCUCCCGCCCGAGGCCGCCUCCGCGCGCCGCUGCUUCGCCGCCGCCGCCAGGGACAGGAGGCCCGGGACCCGCUCGCUCUUCCUCGCCCGCGACGGCGCCGCCACGCCCGGGUCCGCCGUCACCGAGCCGUGGACGCCGCCGCCGCGCUCCACCGCCAAGUCGAGGCGGGAUGCGGCGGCCGCCAAGGCCCGGAGGUCCUCGUCGCCCGACUGGGCGCUGUACGCGCUGACGGUUCUUGGGUUCUUGCUCCUGCUGUGGGUGGACACAGGGCUCGUCCCGGAGGUCGCGGCCAGGGGGUUCGGCCCCAAGCUGUCGCCGGAGGCCGUCGCGCGGAUGGGCCGGGAGGCGCGCCUUGCGCCUGCAGGUCUGGGCCGCAAACUGCGCUCCUUGGAGCGAGGGGUCGGGCAGCUCGUCGGCGCCGACAGGAUCUCCAACUGCAGCUCCAAGGAUUCCGUCUGGCGACUCCAGCAGAAUGAUCAGCAUUUGUUCCAUUGGCGCUGCUCGCUAUACAAGUCGGCGGCAGAGGAGGUCAGCAUCUGGGGGAGCCCUCUCCGGAGCUCCGGCCUGCUCCCGUCUACGCUCUCGACACGGCACAUCACCAUCCUCUCCGGCAAGGUCACGGAGUGGUCGGACGGGAGCGUAUUGCCGACGGUGAGGGCGAGCAACGGCAGCUCCUGGAGCUACCGGGGCCGGAGCGCAGCGGCGGUGCUGCUGGAACCAGAGACGUGGGUGCUGGAGUACCAGAGGAGCGUGCUGUUCGAGGGGACACGGCUGCUACCGGCCACGGUGGAGCUGCUGGCGUCGAGGUGCUCGGAAAUGGCGAAACGGGCGCGGCGGAAGCUGUCCAAGAAGCGGUUCCACGGCGGGAUCCAGGCGAAGCCGACUUGACCUGCAGACAGGGCGAUUUUUAGCUUUAGCAUGUUGGAUCAUCUCAUUUCCUGUGAGAUUGCUAGGAAUAUCCCGUGUUCUUUUGGUUGUAGUGAUGUGUACUGUCUGCUUUUUCAUCGGAUCAGCUCGUUGAUUAGUGGCUGAUCACGGUACCUCUACUAUGAAUGCAUAAUGUUUGGAACGUA